GAAGAAACGGGAAGUUCAUGAUUCACGCGCAUUCGAGCUGUAACAACUUUAUUCUUUCAACAAGACGGAAGACAGUUUGUGUUGUCAAAUUAUUGGGAUACAAGUGGGUCCUGUUCGCCUGCGGUGUCGGUGUUUUAUCUCCCGGUCAUGGGGUCUUUGUUUCGCAGUGAAGAAGUUUGUCUGAUACAGCUCUUCCUCCAGUCAGGAUCGGCUUACAACUGUGUCAGUGAACUGGGAGAACUGGGAAUAGUGGAGUUCAGAGAUUUGAAUCCAAAUGUGAACGCGUUCCAAAGGAAGUUUGUGAGUGAAGUAAGGAGAUGUGAAGAGUUGGAGAAAACAUUUGUAUUUUUGGAGCAUGAGAUUAUUAGCUGUCUCUCUCAGAAGCUGCAACCCCCCAUUCCCACCCCUCCUGCCCCCCAGCCCAGAGAACUCCUCACCAUCGAGGAGGAGAGUGAGCGCUUGGCCCGUGAACUCAGGGAGGUGUCCAGGAACAGAGACAGCCUCCGAUCUCAGUAUACUCAGCUGUGUCAGUACAGAGGAGUUUUAAAACAGACACAUUCACUCACGGCAUCACAGGCCCCGCUGGUCUCAUUUGACCCUGUGGGUCUGGUAGAGAAUAGGCAGGACGUCAGGCUGAGCUUUGUGGCCGGUGUGGUUCACCCGUGGAAAGUACCCGCCUUCGAGAGGCUGUUGUGGCGAGCCUGUCGAGGGUACAUCAUCGUUGACUUUCAUGAGAUGGAAGAGAAACUUGAACAUCCUGAUUCUGGGGAAGAGGUACAGUGGACCGUGUUUUUAAUUUCGUUCUGGGGAGAUCAGAUCGGCCAGAAAGUGAAGAAGAUCUGUGAUUGCUUCCACACACAAACGUUUCCUUACCCUGAGAACCACACAGAGAGAGAGGAGACUCUGAAUGGACUUAGAGGACGAAUCGAGGACAUCAAAUCAGUGAUGGGUGAGACGGAGCAGUACAUGCAGCAGUUGCUGGUUCGAGCACUGGCUCGUCUACCUGAGUGGCGUGUGCAGGUACAGAAGUGUAAGGCUGUGCAGAUGGUGCUGAACCUCUGCAGCCCGUCCGUCACUGAUAAAUGUCUGAUCGCAGAAGCCUGGUGCCCCAUUAGCCAGCUGCCCGCCCUGCAGAGCGCCCUGCGAGAAGGAGGGAGGAAGAGUGGCAGUAGUGUGGAUUCAUUCUAUAACCGUUUGCCGGCUACAACUUCUCCCCCCACACUGUUCCCCACCAAUGCCUUCACUGCUGGAUUCCAGAACAUUGUGGAUGCUUAUGGAGUAGCAAGCUACAGGGAGGUUAACCCAGCUGUGUACACCAUCAUCACAUUUCCCUUCCUGUUUGCUGUCAUGUUUGGAGAUGUUGGGCAUGGCCUUCUGAUGACACUAGCAGCACUCUGGAUGGUUCUGGAGGAGAAAGACCCGAAAUUGAGAAACGGUACCAAUGAGAUCUGGCGUAUGAUGUUUGGAGGUCGAUAUCUGAUUCUGCUGAUGGGGUUGUUUUCUAUCUAUACUGGAGCCGUUUACAAUGAGUGUUUCAGUAGAGGCCUCAGCACCUUCUCUUCCGGGUGGCACGUCCAGCCCAAUGCAGAGUACUACAACUGGACUGAGGAGACGUUCAGAAGUAAUCUGUAUCUCUCGCUGGAUCCCAACAUCACAGGCGUUUUCACUGGCCCAUAUCCUUUCGGUAUUGAUCCUAUUUGGGGUCUGGCCAAUAAUCACCUGACGUUCCUCAAUAGCUAUAAGAUGAAGAUGUCUGUCAUUAUUGGGGUCAUUCACAUGACCUUUGGUGUGUGUUUGUCCUUGUUCAACUACAUUCACUUUAGAGAGAUCAGUAGUAUAUUUCUGGUGCUGAUCCCAGAGCUGUGCUUCAUGCUGUGUCUGUUUGGAUACCUGGUCUUCAUGGUGAUCUAUAAGUGGGUGGUGUACGGCCCUCUAAACUCUGACUCCGCCCCCAGCAUCCUCAUCCACUUCAUAGACAUGUUCCUGUUUACUGUGAAUAAGGACAACAAACCACUCUAUGAGGGCCAGUUGACAGUGCAGAAGGUUCUUGUGAUUGUGGCUGUGUUGUCUGUUCCUGUGCUGCUCCUGGGGAAACCAAUCCAAGAAUACCUCACGUACAGGAAGAAGAAAGCUCAGCUUACAGGAGACCGGCGUCCUCUGCUUGCAGAAAACGGCUCUAUAAACUCUCUCCAGGGAGAGGUGGAAACAAGAGGCGAAGGAGAAGAGGAGGAGUUUGAUGCAUCGAACGUGUUCAUGCAUCAGGCCAUUCACACUAUAGAGUACUGUCUGGGUUGCAUCUCUAACACGGCCUCGUACCUGCGGCUCUGGGCCCUCAGCCUGGCUCAUGCCCAGUUGUCUGAGGUGCUCUGGCUGAUGGUAAUGCGGAUAUCGUUCCAGCAGCUCAGUUAUGUGGGGAGUGUCAUCAUGGUUGUUAUAUUUGCCGCUUUCGCUGUGUUGACCGUAUCGAUCCUGCUCGUCAUGGAAGGCCUGUCUGCUUUCCUGCAUGCUCUUCGACUUCAUUGGGUGGAGUUUCAGAAUAAGUUCUACAGUGGAUCAGGCUACAAGCUCAGUCCGUUCGCAUUCUCGUCUAUAAUCAGUGCCUCCUCUCUCAAUUGACACAAAUGAACUCUUAACAUUCCUAAGAUUUCAAAAAAUUAUAGAAUUAUUUUGCUGUCAGGGCACACACACACACACACACACAUUUUAAAAUGUAUCCUUUGUUUUAGCAUGUCUGUUUUCUUUUUACUGAAAUAUCUUUUUACUACCCAUGCACCUCCAUUAUAUGUGCCUCUCUGUAAACGGCAUUUUUAAACAUUCAGGAGGCAAGUUGAAAAUAUUUUCUGUAUUAAUCAUUGUUAUUCUACACAUGCUGUGCAUUGUUCUGAACUUGUAUUAAACGCGGAAUAUUCCUUUAAGUACAAACAGUUUAUUAUGAAAAUUUGAAAUGAGUUUAUCAUGUAAGAAUGUGUUUGUAUAAUGUGCAUUCCUUAUCCUAAGGAAAGGAGAGCUCCUAAAAUAAAGUACAAUUUUCUUUGAAAGAACUAUCAUGAUAAGAUUCUUUCAGUAUUUAACUCAAUUUAACUAAUUUACUUAGUGUGAUAAUCAGUCUUGAUUUAAGGCAUGAUUUAAAUGGAAUGACCUUUCAUUGAGGUGCUCAUUUAAUAUUUCUUUUCUGUUAUUAUGAUGACAUUUUGUUUUAUUUUUUUAAGCUGAAUCACAGUGCUGCUGCUUGUAAUAACUUACAGUGGAACUCCGAACUAUAUCAAUAAAAUAAGACCAAAGGUAAAUCCAA